AUGAUAUCUACCGCUUCUCCUUCCCCCUCUUCUGUCGCUAUCACUAAUUCUUCUGGGGAUUUGUCAAAUAAAACAACAAAUAUUGCAACUCCAAACAGCAAUUGUAAUAUUAAAAAUAGAAAAAAGCUGUUGCCUACAAACCAAGCAACAAAUGACAUAAAUGUUUUGAGUCAGUCAAGAACUGUUGAGUUUGAUCGUUCACAUUCGGUAGAAUCUAGCAUUGCAGCGUCUGUCCCUUUGAGAAGAGCCUCGUGCGCUUUUGAUCAUAGACAACAACAUCAUAAGCCAGGGACGCCUCCAUAUGCAAACAAUCAUAAUCAUCAUCAACAGUAUAUUCAACAAAAUGGAGUCCCUCAACACAAUCACCAACAUGAUUCUUCUGAUUGUGGUUCAAGUUCUGGAUUGGGCGGUAUGGGGACUCCUGUUAAGGGCUUAUCCGGUUCUUGUUCAGCCUCCUCCAACAAUUCCAUGGCUGCUGAUAGUAACUCGCACGAAUCGCAAGACAGUUGCGUCCCAAUUUCUAGUCCUGGUGCUGCUAUGGCUGUAGUUCAUGAAUUGAAAGGUAACCCAAAUUCUGGCCAAAACAACGCUGCUGUGGCUACUACUCACCGUUCUUUGGUAGCCUCUGCAACAUUGACCCAGUCAAUGAUAUCUUCGCAACAGUCAACCACUACAAUUUCUCCGGUUUCUUCAAUCCCUACAUUGGUGCAACAACAACAACACCAGCAGCACCAUUAUAAUUCGCAUCAAACACCUAUACAUCCAUAUCAUCAUCAACAAUCCCAACAACAAAUUAUUUUCCCCUCUCCUGCUGCUGCUGGUCCUACAAAUGCUUUUGCUAUAAAUGGAAAUUUUCAUCCUCACCAUCAGCAAUCUCCCCAUCAACAACAAUUUGGUGCCUUCAUUCCGACAGUAACAGCUCCUCCUUCAAAUGGCCAACAACCUCCGCCACCUCCACCCCUUCAUCUUGUUCAGCAACAUAUCCCGCAGGCGAAUCAAAAUUCGCACCAUCCUUCGCAUAAUGCUAUUACACAAAUGAAUGCAAUGCAAGCUGCUGCUGCUGCUGCCGUCGUUGCAAUGCAAAGUGGAAAUUUGGGCCCAAACCCUGCUAUCGGACAACCGCUUGGUGCUCCGCCUCUCUACUGUGCUAAUGCGCCCCCUCCUCUUGGUGAUGUUCUUCAACGAAGAACCCCUGCUGCAGAACAGCAACAUCUUCAAUACAAUUCGCCUCAUGGCAUUGGAUGCGCCUUCUACACUAUGACAUGUGAAAAUGCUGCAUUAGCCUCUGUCGGUGCAGCAGCUGUAACUGCGGGUUAUCAUGUGACUCUUGAACCGUCCGCUUCUGCUCCGCCUGUUGUACAGCAACAAAAUAACAACGAACCUUCAUCAACAAUUGGACAGCACGUUUCCUCUUCCCCUGCUGCUUCUUUAGUAUCUUCUGUAUCGUUACCUGUUUCUUGUGCUGCUACUACUGAAGGAGAAGGAAGAGGAGGAUCACAGCAAGAAGGGGAACAACAAAAAUCUCAGCAGCAAAGAUGCUCUCCUCCUCCAGGUUUCGGGGUUGAAGCUGAAAAUCAAUGUAAAGUUGAUGAAGCUGAUAGUAUACAGAAAAACAAGCAAAAUGAAAUGGGAACUGAUAACUCUAAUGGAGAACGUCUUCAAAAUGAUGCGCAGGACGUAGGUUCAGGAGGAAGUGCUAGUGGUGUCGGAGGAGUUACAAACCAUCAAGAACAACAAAACAACAAUAACCAUAAUUCCCAAGAGCAUAUAACCAAUGGACCAUUAUCAUCUCACCCGGCAGAAAAUAAUAAUAACAACAACAGCGUUCUUUUGCCUGGAAUUCCACCAGAAAUUGCUGCAGCAAUAAAUGGAGGACACGAUCUUUUCGUACACAUUCAUCCGGGCGAUUCUAUCUCUCUUGCUGUUGGAAACGAAAUUCAGCUUAUUCAUGGACCUGCCACAAUUAGAAUGGUCUCCAAUUCAAUGCCACCAACAGCGAUUCCAAUGAACGUUCCUCAUGGUCACGUUGUUCAACAAUUGCUGGAUAGUCAAGGAAAUCUUGCACAUAUCAUCAUGUCGCAAGAAAUGCCGCCACCUCAAGGAAUGGGACCAGCACAGCCGCAAAUCCAUCAGCGACAUUCACAGAAUUCGCUUCAACCCCAGCAACAACAUUUGCAACAUCAACAACAGAGGCAGCGCUCAAGUCCAAGUCCUCAAAAAUGCGUUACUCCCUCUUUACGAUAUAGGUCUUCUCCAUCUUCGUCUAAUUCACCGCCAGAUAUGCAACAGCAUGUUCAACAACAACAUUCUCAUCAUAAUAGACAUAAUCAUCCAUCUCACCAACAGCAUUAUGCUGCUCUUUCUUAUGACCAUUCACAGCAACAGCAACAUUCCGCCAAUCUCUCACAACAACAACAACAACAAUUUUCUCAUUCCAAUAUAGAAGGUGCUGGAACUCCAACUGGAGGAGGCAGUGGAAUUGGUGGUGGUAAUUAUGGAGGAGGACAUCAUCAUCAACAUCCAAACCCUCUUAGCAAAUGGAGUCCUCGUGGAAGUGGAGGUUUCCAAUCUCACCAACAAUUUGGACGGCGUGCAAAUCAUAAUAUGCCUCCUACUUAUUAUAUGGAUCCAAUAAUUGCUGCAGCACAUAAUCAACCUCCCCCUCCUCAACUUUUAAGUGCAGCACAUUCUCCUUCAACAGCUCCGUUAGGAAUUGCCACAAACGUACCACAAUAUGGACAGAUACAGCAGCCAAUGCUUUUGGAGCAACAUUUUGAGCAUAUUCAACCACAGGCUCAGCCACUUCCACAACAAUUUGUCACUCCAAUUGUACCUAUACCCAUUGGAGAAGUAGCAGAAGGGGGGCAAUUUAUUCAACGUCCAACCCCAACUGCUCCGGGUAUGGCUCCGUCUACCUUUGAAGAUGAAGAAAAGGAGCGUUUGCGUGAUUCGAUGAGCUCCCUACAACCGCCAAUUGUGACAAGAGUUGGUGAUCGUGAUGCUGAUGUAGUGUGGCAAGAAUUGGAUACUUCAGAAGCUGCUGCCUCUCUACCCGGCUUUCCUGAAAUUAAUCAAUCAGAAUUUGCAUAUCGUCUAAUUUUGUAUGAACAAAAUGCUUCUACUAGUAUUUGUUACAAAACUGAUGCUAACAGUGGUAAUGUGUUACAUUUACAAAGACUUCGACCUGCAACUGAUUACAUGAUUUGUAUACGUGCUGAUUUGCCUGGCCAUUGUAUUGUUGGUCAUCCUUCAGCGUAUACUACUUUCCGUACCCUUUGUUCACGUCCUGAUGCCCCUCCACUUCCAAGGUUGAUGGGGCGUCAACAAAAUUCUGUUUCGUUGCAUUGGAGAACUCCAAAUUGUAAUGGGAGUCCAAUAAUUGCUUAUUGUCUUCAAAUGACCAAGGGAAAAUCUGCUUCCUUCGACACAGUUUAUGAAGGCCCUCAUGAUCAAGCGCUUGUUGGAGGUUUGGAACAAGGUUCUUUUUAUCGUUUCCGCGUUGGUUGUCGCAAUGAAAUUGGCCAUUCUGAUUGGUCUCCACAAUUAAAUGUUUAUCCUGAAAGAGAACAUCGUCCCAAUGUUAGUGGUGUUGGAGGCCUUGGAAAUACUUCAUUACAUCACAAUCAGCAUCAAAAUCCUCAACAUUUGUUUGGAAGCAAAGGUUCUUUAGCUAGCUCCCCUUGUUCGUCUGUUCAACAACAGCAGCAGCAACCACAACAUUUAACUUUACCAAAACCACCAGCCCCAACAAUUCUUUCUGUAACGUCUAAAGAUGUUAAGCUUUCUUGGAAUGAAUUACAGCCAUGCCUUGACUACUUGAAUAUAACGUUGGAAGUGUCUGAUUUUUCUGGACGCGGUCCACAUCAUUUUACACCAAUCCCAGUUGAAUUUUAUGCAAAUUCUGGAACAUUUGCUAAUGUUACUGGACUUCAAAGUAAUCGAGAGUAUCGGUUCCGUUUAUCGGUUAGUACAGCAAACGGAGAACAACACAUGUAUUCAGAUUUGGUUGCUGUAAGAACUCGCUUGCAUAAUGAACCACAACAACCACCACAACAAUUAAAAGAAACUCGUCAUCAUGAACAACAACAGUUUGAAAGGACAGAAAGAGUAACUCAACCAACAACAACUCAACCUCCUCAACAGCAACAACAAAGGACUAGCAUUGGUUCUUUUGACAAUGAAAAUCAACAGCAAAAAUCACAGGGAUCAAUGGAGUCUCAAAAAUCAACGUCUCAACAGCAACAAUAUCGACAAAAAGGAGGAGGAAAUGUUGUUCAACAGCAACAACAACAACCACAAAAACGAUCAAGUGGUGGUACUACUUACUCUAAAAAACAGCAACAACAGCAAAAGAAUGGAUCAGUAUCACAACAACAGCAACCACAAAAGGAGCAGCAACAGCAACACUCACUUGAUCAAAUUGAAGCUCCUAUUCAACAAAAACUAGCAAAGACUCAACAGCAACAACCUGAACUCAAACCGCCAUCUUGUUCUGCGCCGAAAUUUUUAGCAAUUACUAGUGAAACUGCCAAAAUUACUUGGGGAAUAAAUCAAACUCCAAACAGUCCAAAAACUGGCGGCGCAACCUCUGUUGCAGCACCAAUGUUUGAAUUACAACGUGUUGACCGCCAACAUCCAAAAAUUUAUUAUGCUGGUUCUGACACUGAAUACAAGUUGGAAGGACUCCGGCCUGUUGAACACUUACAAUUUAGAGUUCGAGCAGUACUUCUUGAUACUGAGGGGCGAAGAUUUGAGGGCGAAUGGUCUCAAGUUGGUUCGGCCUGUACUCUCUGCGGUCCACCAACUGCUCCUCGUGGAUUGCGAGUUGAACAGAUUUCUCAAUCAACCCCACAAACAGAAAAUGAUGACGAUGUGACUUUUGAAAAAAUGUCUAAAAAGGCUUCCACUGCCUCUUCUUCUGCUGCUAGUAAUAGUUUUGGACAUUCCACACAAGCUGGUCAAUCAAUCAGUCUUUGUUGGGAAUCACCAGCUCAUUUGAAUGGAGCACCUGUUGUUGAAUAUACUAUACAUGCACACAAGUUUGUUUUUUAUAAUUUUUUGGAUAAAAUAUGAGGCCUCCCUGAAGACCGUCAGCCCAGAGACCUAUAAUUUUUGACAGGGAAUAUCAGGGGAUUUGGAGGGGAUAACGUUAGAUUUGAAAUGAUUGAAUGGGAUAGAAAACACAGCCGGAGCUAUCACUACCCCUGAGCUAUACACCGGAGGUUCUAAAAUACAGAACUGGAUACUUAUCCCCCUUAAUCCCUCGAUGUUC